AUGGCUCGCAGGAAGCAAACAGCGCGCAAGUCCACGGGCGGCAAGGCCCCGUACAAGCACCUGGCCACCAAAGUGGCCCGCAAGAGCUCGCCGGCUACCGGCGGCAUCAAGAAGCCGCACCGCUACUGGCCUGGCACAGUCCGCCACUACCAGAAGCCCACCGAGCUGCUGAUCCGCAAGCUGCCGUUCCAGCGGGAGGUGUGCGAGAUCGCGCAGGACUUCAAGACCGAUCUGCGCUUCCAGAGCUCGGCCGUCAUGGCGUUGCAGGAGGCGUGCGAGGCCUACAUGGUGGGGUUCUUCGAGGACACCAACCUGUGCGCCAUCCACGCCAAGCGCGUUACCAUCAUGCCCAAGGACCUACAGUUGGCGCGCCGCAUUCGCGGGGAGCGCGCCUAA